GGAAGAAGUUCUUAUUACUUUUUUGUCACAAGACUGUUGUUUAAUUAAACUGAUGCUGAGCUGUACGUUGGUGAUGAGUAGAUACACCACGAGCCAAUCAAAACAAGAUUGCCUGUAACAUCACAGCGGUUGAUGGUUUUGAAGACCGCUCUUGGGAGUGUCAGGAGCUGGAUGUGGUGGAGUUUAAGAUGCUGUGAUGUUCAUCUAUAGUGACGAGGAUGGUCAGGAUUAAAAAUUUGUUUAUUCGAGGAACCGUGCAGGUAGGACAUUUUGGAGACAAGGAGAAAGAGGUCAAAAUUAGAUGUUUAGUCAUGUGCAGAGGAGGAACAUGGGGUAUAUCAGUAGAAAGAUGCUGAGGAUGGAGACCCCAGGCAGGAAAGAGGAUGGACAUGGUGGAGGUUUAUGGAUGUGGUGAGGGAAAACAUGGAGGUGGUUGGUUUAAUAGAGGCAGGAGAAGGGGACAGGGUGGUGUGGAGACGCAUGAUCCAGAAGAAGAAGAAGAAGAAGAAGAAGACAAGAAUUUUAAGAAUACUAAAUAUCUUUUGUGAAUGAUUUUGCAAACAAAUGAGUUUGUAUGUACUGUAAUGUCUUCUUCGUUUAGUGACAGUGAUGGCAUUUGAUGAUGUUCCCUAACAGUAGUAGGCUGGGUCUCCUUCUCAUUGGCUGAUUCUCGUCAAUGGCGCGGACCUUCAAGGAAGUUCAGCUCCAAACCUGAAGGAGCUCUGGAGCCUGAGGUCCACCAGGAUUCAAAGAGUCUGAGUAAUAAAAGCAGUAAGCAUUUCAUCUUUUGAGACACAGAACAGCUCGGAAUGGAGAACCUGGAUGGCGUCGGUCGCUUCCCGUUUCCCUUUACGCCGUAUCCGAUCCAGGAGCGCUUCAUGGAGGAGCUCUACGACGUGCUCGAGCAGGGCAAAGUGGGCAUCUUCGAGAGUCCCACCGGCACGGGAAAGUCAUUGAGUCUGAUUUGUGGUGCUCUGACAUGGCUGAAGGACUUCGAGGAGAAGAAACGACAAGAAGCUGCGAAGCUCCUUGAGAACACAGUGAUCCCCAGGGCAGGUGAAGGAGGAAGGGACGGGGCAGGAGCCGAGGUUCAGGAGAAGAACGGGAGCAGUGCUGAUGCAGAGCUGGACUGGGUUUCAGAGUUUGUGCAGAAAAGAGCGGAGAGAGAGAUGGUGAACAAACUAAAGGAUGAGGAGGUGAAAAGAAAGAGGAGAGAGGACCGACUGGAGAUGAUCAGGCACAACGCUCACCUUAAACACGCCAUGAAGAGAAAAAACAACGAGAACAGCGAGACCGAGAAGCUCUUGCAGGUCAGUAAGCAGGACGUGGUCUCAGAAGAAGGACCUGAUGAAGACGAAGAGGACGGGCUUGUUGUUGCCGAUUACGAAAGCGACGAAGACGCCGCUCCCAAAAACAAACUCUGUGAUGAAGAUGAUGAUGAUGAUGAUCUGGAGGAAGAGCACAUUACCAAAAUUUAUUACUGCAGCCGUACACACUCACAGCUGGCUCAGUUCGUACAUGAAGUGCAGAAGAGCCCCUUCAGAUCCACAGUCCGCUUGGUUAAUCUUGGGUCUAGACAGAAUCUGUGCAUAAAUCCGGAGGUGAUUCGACUGGGAAGCGUCCAGCUGAUCAACGAUCGCUGUAUGGAGCUGCAAAAAAAUAAACACGGUAAACAGAACAAGGCGGACUCGGAGCCUAAACGUCGGCGAGGUGCCGUCAAGGCCACCUGUUUGUUCUCGGGCUACGAGAAGAUGAUGACGAUGCGAGACGAGGUGCUGGCGAGCGUCAGAGACAUCGAGCAGCUCGUUCAGCACGGCCGGGGGACACACACCUGCCCUUAUUACAGCACACGGCUGGCUAUUCCUGCAGCUGAGGUGGUGGUGUUGCCUUAUCAGUCCCUCCUUCACGCCGCGACUCGCAAGGCCUCGGGGAUCAAGCUGAAGGAUCAGAUCGUGAUUAUCGACGAGGCUCACAACCUCACGGACACCAUCACGGCACUGCACAGUGCUGAGGUCAGCGGAGCACAGCUGUGCAGGGCUCACUCACAGCUCUCUCAGUACUGCGACCGCUACAGGAGCCGCCUGAAGGCCAAGAAUCUGAUGUACAUCAAGCAAAUCCUGUUCGUGCUCGAGGGGCUUGUACGCACACUUGGAGGAAAGGUGGGCCUGAACCCUGUGACCCAGAGCACUCAGCCAGGGGCUGAACUGUUAACCAUUAACGACUUCCUGUUUAGGGCACAGAUCGACAACAUCAACCUGUUCAAGGUGCAGCGAUAUUUCGAGAAGAGUUUGAUCAGCAGGAAGUUGUUUGGAUUUUCUGAGAAGUAUGAAGGGAGCGGUGUGAGCGCACACACAAGCUGGAUGAAUAAGGAGAACCGCAGAACCGAAGGACUCGGACGCUUCUUGCAGGGCCUUCAGAAUAAAGCUACAGGUCCUGUUGAGAACCAGGGUUCUGCAGAAGAAAGACCGUUCAUGGCGUCUCCUAUGAUGCUGGUGGAAAGUUUCCUUUUCGCUCUCACGAGCGCCAACAAAGAUGGAAGAGUGGUGAUGGAAAAACAAGCAUGUCUGGCUCAGAGCAGUGUAAAGUUUCUCAUGCUGAAUGCAGCGGUUCAUUUUGCACAAGUUCUCAAAGAAUGCAGGGCCGUCAUAAUCGCUGGGGGAACCAUGCAACCUGUCUCAGACUUUAAGGAGCAGCUUCUCCUGGCAGCUGGAGUUCCUAAUGAGCGCAUCACACAGUUUUCAUGUGGUCAUGUGAUCCCUCCAGAGAAUAUUCUACCCAUAAUCCUCUGCGCUGGACCGUCUGGACAGGAUCUGGAGUUUACCUUUCAGACCAGAGACACCCCACAGAUGAUGGAGGAGACGGGGCGUGUUCUAUCCAACCUGUGCAAUGUGGUCCCAGGAGGCGUGGUCUGUUUUUUCCCCUCUUACGAGUACGAGAGGAGAAUUCUGGGACACUGGGAGAAGAGCGGAGUCCUCCAGCGACUUGAAGCCAAAAAGAAGAUUUUUCAGGAACCAAAGAAAGCAGGUCAGGUGGAGCAGGUGCUGUCUGAGUACUCCAGGUGCAUCCAGUGCUGUAGGAAUAAUGGAGGUGGCCAGACGGGGGCGCUGUUGUUCUCUGUGGUUGGAGGAAAGAUGAGUGAAGGGAUUAACUUCUCAGAUGAUCUGGGCAGAUGUAUCGUGAUGGUCGGAAUGCCGUACCCCAACAUCAAGUCCCCUGAACUCCAAGAGAAAAUGGCGUAUUUAGACAAACACAUGCCUCCUGUAGGUGGCAAAAGUCCAGGCAAGGCGUUAAUCGAAAACCUGUGCAUGAAGGCGGUCAACCAGUCAAUAGGCCGGGCGAUUCGUCACCGUGGUGAUUACGCCUGCAUCGUGCUGUGUGACCGGCGCUACGGCCGUCCUGCCACGCUGCGCAAACUUCCAGAGUGGAUCCGAAGCAGCACACACACUCACAGCAGCUUCGGGUCGGCUUUCGGCAGCAUCAGGAAGUUUUUCCUGGAGAAGCGACAAACACAGCACUGAGCACGACGUCACAUGACCUCACUUCUACUGUCCAGAUGCUGUUUAUGUUUUGAAGCCCUUGUGUUUACGUAAUCCUGUAAAAAAAACCUGUAAACAACGAACCUUUCCUUUCUUUGGACACUUUUUUCCCCGAUCGCCGUUAACGUGAGCCUGUUACUGUUUAAUGUGAAUAAAAUCGAGAUUUAAUGAGAUGAAA